AUGAAGACAGCUCAUGAUGAUUCGACGUUUGUGACUGGGAUCAAAACCCCCGUUCAAACAAGCGUCGCACAGAAGGUCUGUAGCAGUACUGUAUUUGAGAAUACCGCUGCGGCACGACCCUACGCAACAAACCUUGAUCAAUGGAGACUCAAGGUAGAGCAUGGUAGGCAUGUGUGGCACUACUUGAGCUCAAAAGAGGAAUGUGAGACCCAGCCACAGAGCUUCCUAGAACGGUACUGGCUUGGUCUCCCCAUCGAAAUGCCAAAAAUGAAAACAUCGAAGCGACCGAAGCAAGCUCUGGCGCACGGCUGGGAGUUUCUGAAACGGCUCCAGACUUCGGAUGGCCAUUGGGGAUGCAAUGAUGACGGGCCGCUCUUCGUUACCAGUGGAAUUGUGAUCACCAUGUAUAUCAUUGGCUUGCCAUUGGAAGACUUUAUGAAGGCUGAGAUGUGUCGGUACUUGUUGAAUAUGGUCAAUGCCGAUGGCGGAUGGGGAUUGUUCAUCCAAAGUCCUUCGACAGUAUUCGGAACAACUAUGAGCUAUAUCAUGCUGCGAAUCUUGGGACUACCAGCAAUUCACCCUGUCUUGGAAAAGGCUCGAAGUUGUCUAAAGACUAUGGGAGGUGCAUUAGCAAUCCCUGCCUUUGGAAAGUGGUGGUUGUGUGUCCUCGGACUGUAUGAAUGGGAUGGCAUGAUACCACUGGUCGCAGAAGUCCUCUUAGUCCCUCAGGCUUUGCCCUUAAAUCCGGGUAAUUGGUGGGUUCAUACUCGCAACAUGUAUGUCAGUUUGGCAUAUAUGUAUGGCCAUCGCUGGGUGAUGCCACAAAAUGAGCUCGUGCUACAGCUAAGACAGGAGAUUCAUGAGAUACCAUAUGAAAACGUGGACUGGGUCGCUCAGAGGACGCAUGUAAGCUCUCAUGAUCGUCUAGCGCCCUUGACGCGACUCCAUUCAGCAGCAAUUGGAAUCUUAGGCCUGAUUGAACACUACAAGAUCCCGUUCAUACGGCGGAGAGCGCUAAAAGAGGUGCUUUUUCAGAUAGAAGCCGAAGUCCACAACACCAGCUAUCUCAGCAUUGCACCGGUUAGCUUCGCAUCCAAUCUGUUAUCUUUAUGGCAUGCUCAUGGGCCUCGCAGCCAUUGGGUAAGAGGAAUGCAGACGCGCGUCAUAGACCCCAUGUGGAUGUGCCGCGAAGGACUGUCAGCGUCUGGAACCAACGGGACUUCUCUUUGGGACACUGUCUUGACUGUACAGGCAGUUCUCGAAUGUGACCUUUCAAAGGAGCCCGAAAACAAAGCUGUUCUUGAGAAGGCUCUCGAGUUCAUAGACAAUUCUCAGAUACGCGAGGAUCCAAUGGCAAUAGACCAUGUUUAUCGGCAACCAACAAAAGGAGCCUGGAGUUUCAGCACUCGCGAGCAAGGAUACGCAGUAUCUGAUACGACCGCUGAAGCUGUGAAGGUGGUUAUGCAACUCCAGGAAUCAGGCGUGGUACGCAGACGCAUUUCCGAUAGCCGCUUAAAAGAGGCGGUAGACCUCAUUAUGGCCAUGGAAAACCGUGGUGGUGGAUUCUCAUCGUAUGAACCCAUUCGGGCUCCAAGCUUUAUGGAGCUUUUCAACGUCACCGAGAUAUACGACAACGUUAUGACCGAGACGUUAUAUCCAGAGUGUACCAGUUCGAUCAUCAUGACUCUGACCGCUUUCAGUCGGACUUAUCCAUCAUAUCGGCCGCAUGACAUACAACAGUGUAUAGAUCGCGGUGUCGCUUUCUUGCUACGGGCACAAUAUCCAGAAGGCGGGUGGUAUGCUAGCUGGGGAGUGUGUUUCACAUACGCGACUAUGUUCGCCCUGCAAGGUCUUGCUUGCGUUGGAAGAUCCGAAGAGAAUUGUGCUGCAACGAGACAAGCCUGCAGAUUCUUACUGGAGCAUCAAAAUGACGAUGGCGGCUGGGGAGAGUCUAUCGAGAGCACAAAGGUUAAGAGAUACGUCCAGGAGCCGUUGGGGAGCCAGGUCACGUGUACAGCUUAUUCUACAAUAGCAUUGCUGGCGGCAGGAUGCGCCGACCAAGAGGCUGUAGCUAAAGGCAUCAAAUUUUUGAUGGACGCUCAACAGCCAAUGGGUGAUUGGCUACCAGGCACUCUAGAAGGAGUCUUUGUCCCGCCAGGAGGCAUGCGAUAUCCAUUGUACAAGUUUCAUUUCACUCUCUUGGCCCUAGGACGGUAUGUGAAACGAUAUGGUGAUGUGGAGAUUGUGUGAGGACUUUGAUGUUGACUAGGAGUCUCUCGAGGUGGGUGACACUGUCGCCAGUGCUGUUUUCGGAGUGUCAUCCAAUGCUGAUGUAUAUGUCGGUUAGCUUCAUGACUGCGUCCGAGUUUACAUUCAAGACUGCAGAAAGAGCUCAUUUGAAACACAGCGUGUUGUAGU